AUCUACCUAAUCUGUACUUACUUACCUUCAGCGUGGUGGAUACACAUGCUAUAUAUAACUAUUCGGGUGUGAUUCCAUUGUUAUCAGCCAGAAAAUGGAUCAACCAAAAGGAAAAGUUUGUGUGACAGGAGCUUCAGGCUUCUUAGCUUCUUGGCUUGUGAAGAGGCUUCUCCUUGCGGCAUCAUCCCCACUACAUAAAUCUUUGUGUAUUCAUUUUAUAGAUAUUCUUUUAACACUUAUUUCUUGUGAUAUGAUAGGAGGAGAUUUUGAAACCAGCUAUGAGUCUUUGAAGGGUGUGGUCCUCACGUCCUCCUCUUCAACAGUCAGGAUCAGAGAUGAUUUUGAUCCCAAUAUCCCUCUUGAUGAAUCUGUUUGGACCUCUGUUGAACUCUGCAAGCGUUUUCAGGUCUGGUAUGCAUUAUCAAAGACAUUAGCCGAGCAAGCUGCAUGGAAAUUCUGUGAAGAAAAUAGUAUUGACCUUGUCACUGUUCUACCAUCCUUCCUCGUUGGACCUAGCCUGCCUCCUGAUCUGUGUUCUACAGCAUCUGAUGUCCUUGGAUUGCUGAAAGGAGAAACAGAGAAAUUUCAAUGGCAUGGACAGAUGGGGUACGUUCAUAUCGAUGACGUGGCAAGAACCCACAUACUCGUUUUCGAACACGAAGCAGCCGGGGGCAGAUACAUUUGCAGCUCUAACGUUGUCAGUCUAGAGGAACUGGUUUCCUUUUUAUCCACACGUUACCCAUCACUCCAUAUCCCCGAGAGGUUUGAGAAGCUUAACAGGCUGCAUUACGACUUUGACACUUCGAAGAUAAAGAGCCUCGGGCUCAAGUUCAAGUCUCUUGAAGAGAUGUUCGAUGACUGCAUUGCCUCUUUUGUAGAGAAAGGCUAUUUAUCUCAUGUCGUUACAUCACAAUAAAUAAAUAUCAAUAAAAGUGUAGACAAAGGUAAAGAAGAAUGAUCUUAUAAUAAUUAAUAUCGAGAAAGAAAAGUCGGGAGGAUUGUAUAAU